AUGGUCCCGCGCAUUCUGCUGGCCGGGUUCACUUUCUGUCAGCUGUUUCUGAUUGCUGCAACAAUCAAAUACGACAAGGAGCCACUAGCCCCGGAAAACAAGAGGUACGGGCAAGCGGUGGUCGAUGCUCACGCAAUUUUUUACUUGGGCCUAGCAUCCUCAGGGGACCUCUACUACCGCUACCAAGCCAGCAGACUGGCAACGGUGACGCGAUCAGGCCUAAUCACCAUGAUAUUGGAACAGACACUUGCGCUGAGGAGGUCGCAGCUGCAGGCGGGCGAUGCAAUAAUUCUUAUGGGCACAGAUACAGAGCAGAUCAUGGUCAGCAUGCACACCGUGCACGAGCUCUGGGCAUCUCUAGCCUCGGUCGGUCUGGCCGUAUGGUUGCUGGAGAUCCAGGUAUACAUAGCAUGCGUGGUACCAGCCGUGAUGGCUUUGGGCUGUAUUCUGGCGACCACCCCUCUCUCAUCGCGUUGUGCAGCGGCGCAGAGGGAGUGGGUAGGCCAUGUUCAGGAACGGCUCACUGUCACUGCGGCAAUGCUGGGUGAUGUGAAGGCAGUAAAGAUGCUUAGGCUCGAGCGGGUCUUGUUCCGAAUUGUGUCUGAUUAUCGCCAGUCUGAGUUUAGCAUCUCUAGGGAGUUCUGCAUGAUGAUGACGGGUGUUGUUAUGCUGUCAGCCAUACCCCAGGAUCUCACGCCGUACAUGGUGUUUCUAAUAUACAUGACCAUUGCACUGACCAAGGGCAAUAUGAAGCUUCUCACAAUGAAGGCGUUGGUGCCCUGGAUCAGUCAGUUAAUUGGCUGCUUUGACCGGAUUCAAGAAUACUGCUCUUAUAAGAGAACAAGCCAGGCUUAUUCACUACACCCUUCUGAUCACAUUGAACCGACUAAACUCUCCCUCACUGCCAAGUCAUCAGCCGACCAUGAUGCUCUGGUGACGUUCCACAAUGCUUCGAUAUCAUGGCAAGCAGCCGGCGACCCUGUACUCGACAAUUUAACCCUCUAUGUUUUCAUCGGCAAGAUCACCAUGGUCAUUGGCCCCAUUGGAAGUGGGAAGUCGACCCUGCUUAAAUAUGGGCCAGACUCAUAUCAGGGCUGGCUUAAACCACUGCCAUCCAGACAGAGCAGCCUACUACCCGCAGACACUGUGGAUAAUGAAUGCAUCCAUCUAGGACAACAUCAUCGGCGUGACUACAUGGCUGAAAGUGACGGAUUGCUCUUAGCGGAGGUCAAAAUCAGCGAGUGUAUUCGAGUGAUUAGCGAGCGCUUGCUCGGUGCGAAUGGGCAGUUCCGGAGAACCAAUGCUAUCGUGAUUCUGUCUACUUACAAUUGUCACCUGCAUCCGUUUGCGGAUAAGACCAUUCUGCUCGAAAACGGCCGCAAAGUGAUCUGUUUACAAUGGUGGGCUGAUGCCAACAAGCACGUUGCCAACCCGCACCUCGGAAAAUAUCUCGACAUCUACACUUUAGUUUUUAUAGUUCCCGUGCUCUUCAUGGCGGCUAGGAUAUGCGCCAAGAAUGCAGGCUACUUCUUGUCAACAUCGUGGGCAACAGCUCUGUUUGUCUCCAUUCAGACCUGCUGGAACUGCUCUAAAGAGGCAGCAUAUAGGCUGACAGUCCUGCAGAUUCUGCAGGGCAGCCUUCUUUCCAUAGGCAAUGCAUUGCUAGACUUGACGCCACUACUUGCCUGUUCUAUGCUGUUUUGCAUACAGCAGGCGCUGAGGUUCGCCCUUGAUCUGGUUGUCACGCUAUUCAUGGUUGCGGCUCAUCGCCGUCAUCAUUUCCUUGAAGGACCACGUGGGUGCUGCGGGAUCAACCUAGCCCUGAACCUCGCUAUCACGUUUGACUCGAUCCUCAACACAGCCAUCAAGGGUGAACGCAGACGGAGAUCUCACUCGGGGCUGUCUCGCGCUUCCAGCGGCCAGAAGCUCACCAUCUGCGGUGCCUUCGGCAGUGGCAAAUCAUCAUCAGUCCUAACCCUCCUGCGCAUGAUCGACGUCCACGUCGACUGGGAAACUGAAGUCCGCGUACUGGAGAUCAUCAAGCACCAGUGCGCAGCAGAGACUGUUCUCACGGUGAUGCAUUGGCCGCGCCAUGUCGAGUGGCUGGAUCGCAUUGCGGUGACGCAGAACGGUCGGCUGGUGGAGUUUGAUAGCCCGGAGAGACUGCUGGCGCGCGCAUCGCGGUUCCGAGAGCUAUAUACGAUGUCUGUUCGGGCGGCGUAG